GCGUAUGGGAUCCCGAGGCCAAGUUGUGGUGGAUCAAGAAUAAAAUAACGUUCCUUGUCCGACAACAUGCCUGCUUUCAGCUCCACUCGAGCACCGUUCGAUCUCCGCAGACGCUCCUCGUGCUUGCUACUACAUACUCGUGGCUUCUGAAAGGAUGCGAGCUGCUCGAUCCGGGCCAAAGCACGCCAUUUCUUGCGUAGAUGAACGCCUGCAACGCACCAGAUUUAGUUUGAACUCAUCUGCAUUCGCACUGGCGGUGCAGCGUGUUCUUUACGAGCGAGCCAGAAUAUUCACGCUGGCGUUGGCUCCUCGGAACAUUGUCUUUCUUCCUGACUUAGGAAAGUUCUGGCUGUCUUCCGCACCUCGCCGCCUCUCUCUCGAUUCAGAAAUCCAAGAGAUGCUGUCGUUCAGUUAUAACGCAUUGCCUCCACGACGGCAGGGCAGACAUGCACUCUUCUCUCGUACUCGAAUAUGAUU